GAAAUCAGCUGUGCCGUAUGGUCUUAAAAUAUGGAUAAAGGACUAAAAUUAAUAAACAGCGAAUUAAAUGAUGCAUUGUACAAGUUGCUUAACGAUGAUUCGGCAGGCGCGGACUCAGCUCUGCAGGAGCGCAAACAGAAAAUCGCCAUGCUGAUAAAAGUUCACGUGCGUCACGUGCAACAAACAGUGAUAACAAAUCGAAGGCGACGGCAGCAAAAAUCUCGAAGACGCUUGAAACAAUUGCGAUCGUUUUUCAUGCAACAAAUGAUGGAGCUGCAGUCCAGAUACCUGCACAUGUUUGCCAUGCUGCGCAUGAAGCACGCCCAGUUGGACAACACUCACACGGACAAUACCCAGCCGGACACUCAUGAUGAUCUCAAUCUGGACAACUCAGAGUCGGAAUUUGUGGGCGUUAGUCAGACGCAGUUCUGGGAGGACACCAUUCCCCAGUACAACGACGAGGAGUUCCUCAACAGUCUGCACGUGACCCGCAGCACCUUCAAGUCGCUCUGCGGUCAAUUGGCGCCCACCUUACGCAGCGUUCCGGAGUUGGCAGCUCCCCAUUUGGACAGGAUCUCGGCGGAGAAAUGCGUGGGACUGGCGCUUUACUUUCUGGCCAGUGGAGAGCGAAUCUCAAUCAUAGCGGAGCAGUUUGCACUGCCGCGUGCCCGCACCAUCAAAUGCCUCAAGGUCUUUUGCAAUGCCGUGAUGACCAACUUGGGCAAAGCUCUCCGUCUGCUGCCCCAAAGCGAGGCAGACUGCGUCAAUGUGGUGGCAGGUUUCCAGAGGGAAUGCAACAUGCCAGCUGCCCUCGUCGGUGUCCUCGGCGUCUGCUGCAUCCCACUGCGUGGCAAGGGCAAAAGUGAUGCUGAAUUUGUGCCAAUGCUGCGCAUGGAGUUCCUCUUAGACGAUCGAAUGCUCUUCCGUGAGCUACAGCUAAGCAAUGGAAACGGCAAUGGCCCCAAGGCGCCCAUGUUUGCGGAGCCACCGAAUCCACUGUCCCAGCUGCCCGCCCGUUGUAUAAAUAGGCGUAUGGUGCCCGCCUUUGUCCUGGCGCCCGUCAAUCAGAACUAUCCCAUGCGUCCUUGGCUGCUGCAACAGUUCUCCGAUCCUGUGGCUCCUCACGAGUACGACUUCAACGAGGUGGCCGACCAUCUGCACGAGCUGAGCGACUGCGCCCUGCACCGCCUGAUGUCUCGCUGGCGUUUCCUCAGCCAACCCCUUGACAUCAGUUUCCAGACCGCAUCUUGUAUUAUCACAGCUGCCACUGUGUUGCACAAUCUCCUGGAGGAACUGAGUGAGCCCCACAUGCUCGAAUGGGGCAACACAGUGGACGUGUCCAGGUUCAGGUCACCGCCAAUCGCCCCUAGACGAGACACCAGCGAGGAUUUGAAUCGUGCCGUGGAAGUACGCGAUUUCCUAGCACGAACCAUUAGUUCUACUGAAAUGUAGUAGAAUAAUUUGUAAUAAUAGAUAAUAGCAGAUAACUAGACAACUUCGAAAUCUACCGAGUAAUUCUUAUAUCUAAACGUAAUUCACAAUUAGAAAAUAGACUAAUCACGUAUGAUUUGAUAAUUAUACAAUAGUUGUCAAAGCAAAAUGAAUUUAAAAGUAUUUAUCAGAUACACUCGGUAUCUGUAUCGGUAUUUAGAUACUUUGCUACUUCAAAUACUGCUUUGACAACGAUUGUAAAAUUAUCAGUUUUUUGUUAAGCUGUUUUUUUAAAUAAUAGUAAUUAUUCAGUUGGACUAGAUUUAGUAAAAAAGAUGACAACAAUCGACCCUUCCGAUUAAAAGACGAAAGUCAUAAAUAUGAGAUGACACUACGUUACAAACUUAGAGGUUGGUUUUAAGUUGGAAUUGAAUAAAGGAAAACUCUCCGAAAAAGGGAAAACCUUUUUGCAUAAAA